CCGGGCAUGAUCAAGACGGCCAUGUUUGAUAAGCUGGGUAGUACGGAUGGUGUUCCGUUCGAUAAUGGUGAGUUUCCCCGCCUCGAAACCGCGGAGAGUGGUCGGACUUAACUGGACUGUGUGUUAGUAAAUCUCCCGGCGGAUUUUAUCCUCUGGUUAGCGAGCAGCGAGGCGUUGUUUUUGAACGGGCGGUUUGUGUACGCAAACUGGGAUGUGACUGAGCUCAAGGCUCGAGCAGACGAGAUUAAGGCAGGGAUGGCGCUUACGUCUGGUAUCAAUGGUUGGCCCUUUGCACCGGCUUAGUAGGGGUGUUUGGCCUUUAUUUUCUUGUUCACUGUAGCUGAGAUUGAUCCUGCUUGCAAUUGAAAACUCUUUGAGCCAUCUUGUGCAGUUCGAUUGACACAUUGUCCCUAACGACAUGCUCAUCCCCAUUGUAACUCUGGUCUUUUAUUCCUCUUCUCUCGCCAGACCAACACUGCCACACGAAAAUGACCUCCCACUCUGCUACUCCCUCCCUGGAUCCCCCGCCUAUCCCACAACGCAGCAAUGGGCGGCGCUGAACAGCUCUGUAGAAGGGAACCUCGUCUCAACAACGCCCCUCGCCUCUCCCUGCCACAACACCACGGCAGGAACAUACAACGCAACCACCUGCACCGCGCUCCGCCAGGAAUGGCCCCUGACCCAAACCCACUACACCGACUCCGCCUCGAUAAUGGCCAACUUCUUCACCAACAACUCGUGCAAUCCAUUCUCGCCGCCAGGCGGUAAAUGCGACAGUUCGGGAUUCGUCGCGUACUCAACGCGCGUGCGCGGGGUGCAGGAUAUCCAGGAGACGAUUGCGUUCGCAAGGACACACAACGUCCGUCUUGCGAUCCGCAAUACGGGGCAUGACUAUCUGGGCAAAUCGAAUGCGCCGGGGGGUCUGGCGAUCUGGACGCAUUUUAUGAAAGGGAUCGAGGUUAUCCAUGACUAUCGCUCUCGCAAUCCGAAUUCGCAAAGCGACGCUCCUGGGUACACCGGCCCGGCGAUGAAACUCGGAGCCGGCGUACAAGGGUUCGAAGCCCGCAAGGCCGCUUCAGCCGCGGGGUACAUCCUCGCAACGGGUAAUUGCGACACGAUUGGCAUCGCCGGUGGAUACGUCCAGGGCGGAGGGCAUGGGCAGUUGACGUCGCGGUUCGGGCUUGCGGCGGACCAGGUGCUCGCGUGGGAGGUUGUGCUGGCGUCUGGCGAGGUCGUUAAUGCGACGCCUGAUGACCCGGAAUAUGGCGAUCUGUACUGGGCGCUGAGCGGAGGUGGAGGAGGUGUGUUUGGGGUUGUGGUUACUGUCACGGUGGCGGUUUAUAGGGAGGUGGCGACGGUUGCGGGGGCGUUGAGCUUUUCUGUAUCCCACGGCGAUGAUGAGGAAGUCUUUCGUCGGGCUGUGAACACUUUUAUAGCGCAGUUGGGCCCGCUGCUCGAUGCUCGGGGCGUCGGUGCUUGGUCUGUCACAAGGGAUUCGUUCGGCUUGAGCCCGGUCAGUAUACUCGGUGGGAAUAGCCAGGACCUUCGCAGUGUCCUGGAUUCGGUUGUCGAUGUAUUGGACGCGGGAAAUCUAUCGUAUUUAUAUCAGAUUGAGGAGUUUUCAACAUACUACGACAGUUACGAAGCCAUGACCCCGGAGUACAAUGUGACCGACCUUCACGGAGGAAACACACUCAUUCCACGCUCUGUACUUGAUACCAACAUGGGCGGUCUUACAUCGCGGAUAUGGGAGAUCCUCGAUAGCGGCAACGAUACGGCGAUCUCUGGCAUUUCUGUUAAUGCCUCGCUCCAUGAACCAAAUAAGCGCCCUGAGAACUCCGUAAACCCCGCCUGGCGCGAUGCGGCAAUCAGCGCUGUUGUUGCCCUACCCUUCUCUUAUACAGACUGGCCGCUAAACCUUGAGCGUCAAAGCCUAAUAACGCAAACGCUCCUACCGAAACUUGAACAGCUUACCCCAGCUGGGGAGGGCGGGGCCUACCUGAACGAGGCUGAUCCGAACCAGCCGAAUUGGCAACACGCCUUCUACGGCGAUAACUAUGACCAGCUGCUCGGUAUUAAGAGGAAAUACGACCCGGAUGGUGUAUUCUAUGCGUUGAAUGGGAUCGGGAGCGAAGACUGGGUGAAUGAGGAUAAUGGGAGUCUGUGCCGUUCGGAUUCAUAUCACAGUCGCGGUAACUGAUUCUCAAUUGUAUACACAUCCUAAACACCAUGAAGUGGCCGGUAUGGAGUGCGGUAAUAUACAAUCAUACAUAGACACUACAGCAUAGAUACAUAAUACCUACUUUAUAGGCUCACAAACUAUAACCCUG